AUGUCUGCCGAACCACCGCACGACGCGGCAUCCCCCUCCCCACCGCCCCAACCACCCAUCGCCCAGACCCCUGGUCCCCGAGUUACGCGACUACAAGACAUCUACGCCCAGGCACUCGCCCGCACACUGCGCGCAAACUCGUACGCGAACUUUGCGGCGUGCUUCCCGACGCCUGCGAAACAUGUCCCUGCCAGUCUAGAAAGCGUAUGGCGCCAGUUGAAUGCGAAGCUAGAGGAGAGCGCCAAGGCAGAGUUUGAAGAUAUUUUGAACGAGAGGGAUGCGGUGAGGCAGCUGAAUGAGUUGGAUCGGUUGGUUGGGGAGGCUAGGGCGAGGAGGGAACAGGCGAGAAAUGGCACGGAGAGGGAUGCGAUGGAGGGGGUAGAAGCCGAGGGGGAGGAGCGUGUUCCGCCGCAUACAUUGCCCCCAGGCGAGCUGUUCAGGGCACAUUUGACGCCGCAGCUCGAAAAGACAAAGGCGGUUUUAGAUGGGAAGAUAGAGGCUACAGAGACGCAGAAUGUGGAAUUGGCGCAAAAGGUCCAGGCUCAGAGGGCUGAGAUUGAGCGGUUGUUGGCUGGUUUAGAAGCAGUUGUGAGAGAUGUCGAGGGCGCCGCUGCGGCAGCCACGCAAUACGGGUGCGAAAAUAACCUCCGCAAGGAGGCUUUGCAGAUGGACGAGGAGGUCAAGGCGAGGGAGGAUAUUUGA